AAAUGAUCGCAGACUACAGAUCGAGUUUACAAGUCAAACGAUACUAAACAUCGAUAUAUUUUUAAUCAAUUCAGGAAAUAACAGAUUUUCUAUUUAGUAAAGAAGAGUCCACCAAACCAAUUUAAAUAAAUUAUUUAGGUUGUAGAAAAUUAAAACAUUUUAUCAAAAUUGUUUUCUAUUUAGAUAAUAAUAUCGAAAUUAUUAUUUUUUGUUAGUUUGCAGUUCGCAGUUCGCAGUUCCGUGUUUCGAUAUGGUUUCGAUUGAUUGAAGAUCGAUUUCGACAUGUCACUACUGACUGACUGACUAACUGUCAUCGUAUAAAAUAAAGUUGUUAUUUAAAAUCAAAAAUACCACAGACAUUUAAGAAUUUAACUUUUUUGCAAAAAUGAUGUGAGAGUAACAUUAAAUUACUCAUAUGGAAGGCAUUUUAUGGAAGUGGACUAAUUAUUGGAAUGGAUGGCAAACAAGAUGGUUUGUAUUAAAAAAUGGAAUAUUAUCUUAUUAUAAGUCACAGGAAGAAGUUAAUCAAGGCUGCAAAGGUUCUCUUAAAGUACAAGCAUGCGAAAUCAAUGUAAACCCUCUAGAUACAACUCGUUUGGAUUUAGUAAUUCCUGGUGAACAGCACCUUUACCUAAGAGCAGCUACUUCCCAGGAAAGACAGCAGUGGCUAGUAGCACUGGGUAGUGCUAAAGCUUGUAUUGAAGGAAAUGAAAACUCCAUUUUUGAUUCUAAUCCAGAUGUAUUGAAAUCAAAGAAGUCAGAAUUAAGGCUAUAUUGUGAUUUACUGAUGCAACAGGUUCACGUCAUUAAAUCAGCAGCGCAAGAACAAAACGGUCCCGAAAUUGAAAAAAUGGACGAAUCAACUAGAUUUUUAAGUGCUACAUGUGAUACAUUUAUAAAAACUCUUGAAGAGUGUAUGAGCCUAUCGAAUGUCGAUGUAAAAAACCCUCUAACUCCAAGUUGUGAUACAAUAUUUCCAAUGCCAAAUAAUUCCAUUCCAUCCAAUAAAAAGAAAAAUAUAACAAAAGACAAUGGCCCAAGACUUGUAAACCAAACUAUGUAAAUGGUUAUCUCUGGAUUUGUAUUUAUUUGUUAAUUUAUUUAUAUAUUUAUUGAUAGAUAUUAGAUUUUCUAGUUUACUUUUUUUAUAAAAUAUAAAUUAAGGCUUAUUCUCUUCAAACUAGUUAAUCAGUGAUAUAAAUUGGUAUUUUUUGAGGAAUGUAUUUCUUAAUUAUAAGAUUUCUAGAAGUUUUAUUUUUAUAUUCAUAUUGUAAUCCAUGUUUACGGGAGGAAGUGAUAUCAUAAUAGUCAAAUUUUGAUUUCUACUUCAUAGCAGGCUUCCAAUAAUGAUAUCCAUUUUAAUCAAGAAAAAAAAUGACGAAUUUAAAAUUCUCUGAUUGAACUAAUUUGUAGAGAAUUACCUAUAACCAUAUUGUCACAAUAAGUUUUCAUUAAAUGGUAAAAAUGUGCAAUAAGAUGGUAUGAACUAAAAAUUUUAUUUUAUUAUUUAAAAUGUUUAUUUAAGAUAUUAUGUAUUUACUUACAAUGAAACAGAUUGAAUAAUAUACAUAAAUAAAUCUUUUAUACACAAAAUAGAUGAAAGCAAAAUUGAAAUAGGUUGCCUUUGACACAUCUACUUUUAGGAAAACCAUUGAAUUCUAAAAUAAUAUUGCAGUGCAAUUAUUAAUCAUUUAAAAAAUUAUAAAAUCAGUUAAUUUUGAUGAGAAAACAGAAGGUAGGAAAGUAAUUCCAACCAAGACGUAAAAUAAAGAACAAGAAAAUCUCAAAGCCAUCUUUCACAAAAUAAUAAGAGCUAAUACUACAACAUGCAUUGAAUUGUGUCCAAAGAAAAAUAUCAGAGAUAGAAAAUUAUUUUUAACAUUCCAGCAUUGAAUUUAAACGCUAUUCUGGUACUGGUUUCGUCCUUAUUAGGACUCAUUAGAAUCAUCAGCAAGGAAUAGACAUUCUUGAUUCCAAUCUCUAAUGGAACCUGUAUAGAUGCGUAAAAUUCACUUAUUCGCUCCGUGCGAAGUCAUGGAAAGGGAAGCAAACGCGAUACUAGCGCUAGCUGCGGAUAAUUCGUGCAUUUUAGGGCGAUAUUUUGUAAUUUUGGCAUAUCAAAU